GAGCCGAGCGGGACGAUGAUGGCGCAGCGGGCACUGCCGAACCCCUACGCGGACUAUGACAAGUCCUUGGCCACCAGCUACUUCGACGCGGCCGGGCGGCUGACCCCCGAAUUCACGCAGCGGUUGAAUAACAAAAUCAGGGAGCUGCUGCAGCAGAUGGAGAAGGGCCUCAAGUCCGCCGACCCGCAUGACUGCACCGCGUACACUGGCUGGACAGGCAUUGCUUUGCUGUAUUUGCACCUGUUUGAUGUGUAUGGAGACCCAGCCUACCUUCAGGUGGCCCAUGAGUACGUGAAGAAGAGCCUGAGGUGCCUGACCAGGAGAUCCAUCACGUUCCUGUGUGGUGAUGCUGGGCCCCUGGCAGUGGCUGCUGUUGUGUACCACAAGCUGCAGAACCAGAAGCAGGCAGAAGACUGCAUCAUCCGUUUGCUGCACCUGCACAAGGCUGACCCCCGAGUGCCAGAUGAGCUCCUCUACGGGCGCAUGGGCUAUCUCUCUGCACUGAUAUUUGUCAACAAGCACUUCGGAGAGGAAAAGAUCCCUCAGAGUCACAUUCAGCAGGUUUGUGAAGCAGUUGUAGCCUCAGGAGAGAACUUAGCCAAAAAGAGGAACUUCACAGCAAAGAGCCCACUGAUGUUUGAGUGGUACCAGGAGUACUAUGUAGGAGCAGCCCAUGGUUUGGCUGGGAUCUACUACUAUCUCAUGCAACCUGGCUUUGGAGUGAGCCAAGUAAAGCUGCACAACACAGUGAAGCCCAGUGUGGACUAUGUCUGCCAGCUCAAGUUCCCAUCUGGCAAUUACCCUCCCUGCAUCGGUGACACCAGAGACCUCCUCGUGCACUGGUGCCAUGGAGCACCAGGUGUAAUCUACAUGCUUCUCCAGGCAUACAAGGUCUUUGGGGAGCAGCAGUACCUGAAUGAUGCCCUGCAGUGUGCAGAAGUGAUCUGGCAGUAUGGGUUACUGAAGAAAGGCUACGGGCUGUGCCAUGGCACAGCUGGCAAUGCUUAUGCCUUCCUGGCACUGUACAACCUCACUCAGAACAUGAAAUACCUCUACAGGGCCUGCAAGUUUGCAGAGUGGUGUUUAAGCUAUGGGCAGCAUGGGUGCCGGACUCCAGACACACCAUUCUCUCUCUUUGAAGGAAUGGCUGGAACAAUUUACUUUCUUGCUGACCUGCUGGUGCCUACCAAGGCCAAGUUCCCUGCAUUUGAACUCUGAAUCUGAAUCCUGCUUGGCAGUUUGCUGCCCUUUGUCCUUCUGCACUUGGAAAUGCAGUUCAAGGCUGCUUUUUCCUUUUUCCAGACUCACUGUUGUUCGCCUAACUGAACGUAAAUCCAUCCUCCUGGGGGCAUGCUGAGUUCUCUGACAUUUCUAGUUAUCUCAUUACAUUGUUUAGUUUAAAAGACAGAAUGCAGAUUUUGCUGGUGUCCCUUAAAAACUCAGGGCUGCAGGUGGGAGCAGGGAGAACUGUAGAGUAUUUUGUUGGCUACAGAGUUUUGCUAUUUCCUGUAUCCCAUUUCCUGGGAAGAAGUUUUCUAUUGAAUGUAACCUGGGCUAUUUAUCUUCUUUUUGUGCUAACAAAUAGUUGCAGGAAUUUAGCUGCCUUUGGAGAACAACAGAUGGAAAACUGAGACUAUUGCCCUGGAAGCUGUUUUCAAGUGUUUUCUUUCUGAGCACCCAGAGAGCAGAUGGUUCAGUGUCUGGGCUGUGCCACGUGAAGUGAAUGUGAUGGACUGUGGAGUCUUAGGUAUAUUUUUAAUAUCAUAUUGCAACUGGCAGAGCUGGGACUGACAUGCCAAAGGCUUGUCCUGAGUUUGCACCUAUCUGCUCUAAAGGCAAAGGCUAUGUAUAGCUCUUCUGUGCAUUUGUUCCAGUGACAGACAAGUAAUCCACUGCCAUCUUACAUUAAACCUUGCUAUUCCAUUGGUCAUCCAAUGGCAAACUCCAGUCCAAAAGUGAGCUAAGCAUGCUUGCUUUUGUGGUCUCUUCUUGUUAGCUUUGAGUGUUUAUUUUGCAGUCUUUAUUUAAAUGUGUGUAUUAGGUGGUGCCAGGAGCCCACCAGCAGGAACAAGGGAAAAGAAAUGUAAGCCACUGAGAUCUGACAGUGUUUAAGCUAUUGGCUGUAUGGAUGUUAUUUACAUGUUUUCUUUUAUAAGCUUUCCCAAACCUGGAUAAUUUGAGUCACUUGUUUGCCUUGCUACUGCUUGUUGUAGUUUGAUUUGCAACCACUCAUCUACCCAGCUGGAAAAUCUGCACUAGCUUAACUGGCUUUGAUGUGUCAGGCAGAUCAGGUACUUGCAGGGAGUGGAUGUGCUUUUCCAUCCUUAGCUGAUGCUGCACCAGUUCACAGAAAUUUGGAGCCUGGCUCUGUAAACCACUUUCUUAGCACUGAGCAUGAGCUAAACACUGAGCUCAGGGAAGUUUACAGAUGCAGCCACACAGCUUUGUGCUCUUUGAGAGCAGCUCCUCAGCCUGCCCAAUGUGGCUGUGGGUCUUCAUCUUUCAAGGGCUGAGCUGCUGAGGGCCUCAAGUCCCAGAAGGGUAGGGGAGAAAUAGCAGGGCAGCACAGCCACUCUCCUGGGCCAGCAGUGGCAAAUCAGGGCCACCAAAGCUGGCAGGGUUACACUCACACGUGCCUGAAUGCAGGGCAGCUUAGCCCCAGUGGCACAGGGAGCUCCACGAGAACCUCCUGGGUAGGCAAGGAGCAGAAACCAGCCCUGGAAUGCUGAUUUGUUUCCUCAAAGCCCACACUCCUGCUGCCCUCAUAGGUUUCUGAAAGUCCAUCAGAAGACAGCCUGAACUGCAGAAAAGCUCAUCUCCUUGAGCGUGGGCAUCCCUGUCAGAAGGCUCAGGCUCAUGUGGACACAGCAGCAAGCAUCCCCUGUCUUUCACAGGACCUGAGCAGCACAGGGAGCUGACUGGGAAGCAGAGAGGAGUUGCCUAAUCAAACAGCACUUGAAGUUACCUCCCAGCUUGGCUGGUGUGCUGGCAGUACAGGGACACUGCUCUGAGCCUGGGUUUCUCCUGGGCACCACUUCUGUAAAAGGAGAUGGUUUGUGCAGCCUGGGUCAUAGUGGCAUGAGAGCAUAAUGUCCCAAGGUUUGUGCACUGAUCAGGGGAGCAUCAGGGCCAUGUGUACAACUGUUGAGUGGAGCACUUGUCUAAUAAAAAUGCUGAAACAACCAAGCUUUGGGUUAUUUCUACCCCUUGCUUUGUGACCAGGAUUCAUGUCUGAAGGGAUCAACAUGUCCCACAACAGCUGUGCUCUGCUGGGAGCUCCUGGAGGUUCAGUGGCCUUCCACCCACCUUGAGUGUUAAGUAUAUUUCACUUUUUUCCCUCAUCUCCAGUCCAUCAAGGCCAGUCCUGGGCUUUCCCUUGCAGGCUGUGCUUUCCUCCCAGGGCAUCCUUUUGCACUGGUGUCUCCAUCCAAGGCUGUACCCUGCCUCUGUGGCUUCCAUUGGAGACCAGAGUCCUGCAGGUUACUGUUGGUUGCACCAAAAUACACCUGUUUGCAGUGCUGACCACCAAAAGGAAGAGGUGGAUCCUCCUAAAAAAGCACCUCCUGCUCAGUGAAAGGAGGAACAGAGCACCUCAAGGAGGCUGUGACUGUCUAGCAGCAGAGGCUAAUUUAAGACCAAGCUGUCAGGAGUGGGAUGGAUAGAGGUGAUCCUGCCCUCCAGCACAAGCAUAUAUUAAGUUGCUUGAGAUCCUACACAACCUGGUUUUCUAUAGUUUCUAUUAAGUUUUGUGGUAAAGGUCUUGAGAAAGGGAGUCAAGCAGUGAGGAUGAGGAAAGAGCAUAGUGCAGUUUCUCUGGUUACCCUUUCUCAUACAGAGGUUUGGUGUGGUGCUGCCCAUUUCCACUCACCUUUGUGCCAAGGGGAGGGAGCAGGACCAAGUUUGAAAACUCAACUGGUCCUGUUUCAACAAGCCACCUGAGAGGGACUUUAUCAGAAGUGUAGAGAUAUUUGACACUUGUUGCUGGUUGUGUUCAUCCAUGGUGGUGAUCUGUUUAAAAAAAACAAAAAUAAAAAACAUAUAAAAUAACCUAUAUUCCCAAGAAACAAGUAAAAACA